AUGAUGAGGGAUGGCAAAAUCUACCGAGGUGCAAUUUCUAGCAAGCUGCUGGCCUUCCUCAUUCUUUUCGCGUCGGUCAGCGCUUUGCCCGAGGAUACGAGGCUCUCGAAGGUGCCUAUAGCCGAGCACCAUUUUCUCUUGGGAGGUCAAAGUGGCCAAGAUGGUGGCCACGUCAACCGACACCUCAGAGCUGGUAUGAAGAACCAAGGGAGUAAGCUCGCCAGCAGUGAGGAGAGGGGGCCUAUUGACGAAGUUAUCGCGGGUACCAAGAAGCUGUGGGGGAAAGUGAAGCCCAAUCACCAGCAGGCAGCCGACGAGUUGUUUGCCAGUUUGAAAAUCCAGAAACCAACGUCCGACGUGUUGAAGAAUCCGCUCCUUCUGAACUGGAUCGGAAAAGUCAACAAACUCCAUCCGUUGACCUCUCAAGCGGAUCAAGAGAUUCUCGCGAAAAUGACGGGUCUCUACGGUCUUGAGGCUCUUUCCGCGAUGAUAGUGGCGGCCAAGAGAUCACCCGAUGUGAAGGCAAUCGCGCUCGCCACCAAACUUGAGACUGCCCAGCUCAACAACUGGAUGACUCAAGGCAGAAAUGUUGACGACGUCCUGCGACUGCACCUGCUCAAGCUCGACGACCAAGGGAGCGCGCUCUUCAACAACCCCGUUGUAAAUAUGUGGGCGUUUGCUGCCAAACUCGAGAAGAACCGGGCAGGGGAGGCGAUGGUCCGGUCGCUGACGACUCACUACGACGAGGCCAGCUUGGCCAGGCUGUUACUCCCUGCGAAGAAGAAAUCGCCAGAGCUGGACGCAAUCGCCACUAGAAUUGAGGACGCACAGCUGAAGAAAUGGAUGCUAAACGAUGAAAAGCUCGACGAUGUCUUUCGUCUGCUCAAGCUCGACGAUGAAGGAGGCAAACUGUUCGAAAAACCCCUAGUGGAAGUGUGGGCAGCGUACGCAAUGAGGCUGGACGAGAACCGCGCAGGGGAGAUGAUGAUCCAGUUACUAGCCACACACUUCGACGACGCCAGCUUGGCCAAGAUGUUACUUGACACCAACAAAGCAACCAGUUGGUGGAAAUCCGACUAUGUUCACAUGUUUGACCAACUCAAGGAAGCCCAACGCGCGAAUUGGGCCCAACGCAAAACGGUAGACGAUGUCUUUCAUCUGCUCAAGCUCGACGAGGAAGGAGCCAAAGUCUUCGACAACCCGCUGAUACACACUUGGUCUUCGUACGCCUUCAAGCUGGAUCGUGACCACGAGGGAGAGAUGAUGUUUCGGUCCCUGAGGACUCACUACGAUGAAGUUACCCUGACUACUAUGCUGGCUCAAGCGAAACCCUCAAUCACUACGGGGCCAGUAAUCUCGGAACUUGAGGCUGCGCAACGCAAACUGUGGACGGAUAGCGGCAAAACGGUCGACGACGUCUUCCGCCUUCUCAAGCUCGGUGGCGAAGGGGACAAACUGUUCCAAGGCCCCGUGGUAAAACUUUGGGGUAUGUACGCAAUCAAGCGAGACAGCAAGCGCGCAGGUGAACUGAUGCUUCAGUCCCUAAUACCACACCAUGAUGAAAUCGGGUUGGUCAAGAUGCUACUUGAGGCGAAAAAAUCAUCCGAUAAUCUUCUCAGGCAAAUCGCUGCUAGAAUUGAGGACGCUCAGCUGGUAGAUUGGGCAAGGAAGGGUACAACUGUCGACGACGCCUAUCGCCUGCUCAAGCUCGACGAUGAAGGAGCCAAACUCUUCGAAAACCCGAUAGUGGAUGUGUGGAUUUCAUACGCAACCAAGCUGGAAUCCCGCGCUGCUGAGAAGGUGUUCCAGGCCCUAAUAUCUCGCUAUGAUGAUGCCAGUUUGGCUACCAUGUUAACUAGAGCGACAAGAUCGCAGGCUCUGUGGAAAUUCGCCAAUCGAGUUAAGGACGUUCAUUUCGCGAGCUGGGCUUUGAAGGGCAAAACUGUUGACGAUGUCUAUCGUCUGCUCAAACUCGAUGAAGCCGAAGAAGGCAUCAAACUCCUUGACAGCCGGGCUAUGAAAGUUUGGGAUUCGUACGCGACAAUGCUGCACAAGGAGCGCGGAGGCGAAGUGAUGCUAGCAUCCCUGAAGGCACAAUACGAAGGUGCCAGCCUGGGUCGGAUGAUUGCGUCGGCAAAGCAGUUCGGCAUGUCGGAAGAUGUGGCAACGAGGCUCGAAGCCGCACAGCUCACGAACUGGGUGGAUCGCCGCAAAAGUCUUGACGGCGUCUUCUGUUUACUAAAGCUCGACGAAGAAGGAACGAAGCUCUUCAGUAACCCAGCGGUGGGCCUAUGGGCUGCGUACGCAACUAUGCUGGACAAGGGACGCGCGAACAAGACGAUGCUAGCUUUCCUGAAGGCGCGGUAUGACGACAAAGUCUUAGCGAAUAUGUUGAUACAAGGUCGACACUACAGUUCGCUUGCCUCAAGAUUGAGCUAG